CGAGGACAGGUACAAGUCGGGAGUUAUGUGCAGUCGCAGUGUUCAGAAAAUCAGUCGUAAAAUCGUCGAGUGUCAUUGAAAUGUUCGUUAUUCGAGUGUGGGGCCCGUGUCGGCCGAUGUGAACGGGCGACAGCGUCAGCUGUGUCUCGAUCUGUUGUCUAGACUGGAUUUACCUUCAGCUCACCUGGCUUACCUGUGAUUCUCUUACCUGUCCUCUUCAUCAUUCAGAUAUGUGAUGUGUUCUGCCUGUGAUAUUACGACCGUGUCUCCUGAUCCGGGCGUGGUGACGGCUGUACAGGGGUAGCUCAAUCCCCACCCCCAGCCUACCACCUAGCCAUGAUGUCUGCCUCCCCCCAACUCUUUACAGACUGGGAUGGAGUAUUUGGGGAACUGUUUGGAGCUGGAGACCCUGUCCAGACAUUGGAGUCGGCUCAUGACUCAGCUCAGGCAUCGCCUCUGAUGUGGUCAGUGGCCACAGCGGCCAUUAUCCAUCUCCAAAAAUGAGCUCUUUCAAGGGAGGUGACCAGGAUGACCCAAGUUCAACAGACAGCAGUUUCUCUCAUGGGCGGCUCCAGUUGGUCGAGCCCAAGUACCAAGGGCCACCAUCAUCAUCAUCAGCAUCAUCUACAUCGUCAAAACCACAUUAAUCAGGAGUGUCCUCGUUCCGGGGUCAGGAUGUCUCCACGACCUCCACUGUCUCCCGGCAUGUACAAAGUGCAGCACAUGGAUGCGCGUAUUGACUUCAUGACCAACGAGUUUAACCACAUGGACUUGCAUGACACAGAUCGGUUAAUCAUGAAAUCAUCAAAAGGCAAGCGUCAUCAUUCGAGACUGUCUCCUUUUGACUUGCUGUCUGAUGAUGUCAUUGUCAAAAUAUUCUCCAGUCUUCCUACGGACUCGUUGUGUCGAUGUUCACGGGUUUGUCACCUGUACAGGCUUGUCUGGGACCCAACCUCUGGACUGCCAUUGGUCAUCAACACAGAUACCAUCAACAUUGACAAGGCUUUGCGAGUGCUCACCAAACGCCUCAGCUAUGAAACGCCGAGUGUCUGCGUGAUUGUAGAGAAAAUUAAUCUGAAUGGAUGUGAAAAGCUAACAGAUAGAGGUCUGCACAUCAUCGCCAAACGCUGUCCAGAACUGAGGCAUCUGGAGCUGCAUGGCUGCGCAAACGUCACAAACACGGCGUUGUUUGAGGUCGUGUCUUACUGUGUCAAUCUGGAGUACCUUAAUGUUACAGGCUGCCCCAACAUUACGUGUAUAAGUCUGCUGGAGGGGGCGAUCUCCCCAUCCUCACCCCACCACUUACGCCAAAUCUACCUGAGACACCUGGACAUGACGGACUGUACUGCCCUGGAGGACGAGGGACUCCAGAUUAUCUCCCUUCACUGCACACAGUUACAGUUUCUCUACCUGCGACGAUGCGUGCUUGUCAGUGAUCGUGGAAUGCAGUUUGUGGCGCACUACUGCACCAGUUUGCGCGAGCUCAGCGUCAGCGACUGUCGCCGUGUUACAGACUUUGGUAUGAGGGAGUUGUCAAAACUAGACUCUAAUCUACGCUACUUGAGCGUGGCUAAAUGUGAUAAGAUCUCAGAUGUGGGCAUCAAGUUCAUUGCCAAGCACUGCACACGGCUGCGGUACUUGAACGUUCGUGGCUGUGAAGCUGUCUCCGAUGACUCGUUAGAACUCCUUGCUCAGAACUGUACGCGUCUUAAGUCGCUGGAUUUGGGGAAGUGCGAUGUGACUGAUGAGGGACUACAGGUGCUGGCGCAGAACUGCCCCCAGCUGAAGCGUCUCAGCCUAAAGUCGUGCGACGCGAUUACAGACGAGGGUGUGAUACAGCUUGCAUAUCAUUGCCAAGCUCUACAGCAGCUCAACAUCCAGGACUGCCACCUGACGGCACAGGCUUACAGGACGGUCAAAAAGUACUGUCGUAAAUGUAUAAUAGAACAUACCAACCCAGGCUUCUGUAUCUAAGGCUGCUCCCGGAGAUCAUUGUCACACUCAUCUCAUACACCCACAUCUGAGAUAUCACCACUGUCAUGUAUAUGUCUACUUGUAUGUAAAACAUCCAGCAUCUUUUCUUCUGGUUCUUUUUUUGAAAAUGAAGUA